GACACCACCCACAACCGGUCAAAACACAGCCCCGGAACGCGGAAAACCCAACGAAACCUCCUCGGCGCAGGCCGUGCGCCCGCCGGCGGAAGCGACGAGUCGACGACGACCGCGCCGGCACAUACUUACAAGACAAACCCACCCCGACGGCCACCUGCGCCUUCCCCGCCGCUGACAUACAUAUAAACUGCCCGCGCGCGCUCCCUUCCACGCCACCACUUCCCUCCCCUCCCCUCCCCCCGCACUCCACGCAAACCAAAGCCCGCGCACGCAACCGGCCGACGGCGCCAAAUAAAACGGCACGCGACGAUCAGCGAGGGCCGCGAGGAGGAAGCAGCAGCAGCGACAGAGGGCCGGCUGGAUGGUGUUCAGCGGCGCGUGGCUGGCGGCGGCGGCGAUGGUGCCGGCGGAGCUGUGCCAGGGCGCGCCGCGGCCGGGGCAGCGGCGGCGGCUGCGGGCCGACGAGGUGCUGCGCGCGCUGCUCACGCCGCCCGCGCGGGAGCUGGAGCGCCUGGCCGACUGCCUCUACGUCUUCUUCUGCCUACCGCUGCCGGAGCCGGACCAGUACCACAUGCCGGCGUCCGGGCGCGGCGGCUGGAUGGCGCGCCGGCCGCCCGGCGCCGUGCUGUACAGCUACCGGAGGUCCCUCUCGCUCUCCUCCGACGGCGGCGGCUCCGGCUCGUCGUCGUCGUCCACGUGGAUGGCCGGCUCCGAGGUGGAGGGGCUGUAUUACUCGGACGACUAGGAAAGCAUGCCGUGAUGUGCGUGUGUGGCGGUGGUCGUGUCGGGCUCGUGUUAGCUAGGCGGCACCGCCGUUUUGUCCGUUCCAUUCUUUGCUGUACAUAUUGGCUUGGUUGAUUGGCUUCAACGAGGAAUCAAGACUGUUUUUCUCGUUUGGUUCUUUUUCGA